CCUUAACUCUACAUCUUUUGUAUAAAUUUCAUAACCUUCUUAGAGAAGUGCACCCUUCCAUUUAAUGAAAUUUCUCUAUUAAUUUUCUCAUUUUCCCAUUUCACAUAUUUACUUGGAUAUGUACCUAUCACAAAAUCUCACCUUAUUUUCAUCAGAAUCUUAUCCAACUUCACUUUCUCCAUCUUUUGAACAAUAACACUAACUAUUACCUUCCAUACAAAUUCCAAGUCUUUAGUAAGUUUACUUGUUUGAUAUUUCUACUCAAAUAUUAAGUAGAUUUUGUGAUCACCUUUUUAGAUUCUAUAUGUCCAUUUUUUACCUAUAUAUUUAGUCAGCACCAAAGUCUCUGGUCAAGGAAAAAUAUUCAACACCACUACUGUUACAUUCUUCUUAUUUUCAGUCCCUCCUUAAAAACAAAUUUAGGGUUAUCUUUUUUUUCCAAGGUAUAGAAAUUAUCAAGUGGAGUAGUACUAGUUUGUUUGGUAGUUGUCUUUUUGAAAGUUGAUGGAAAUAUAAAUAGGAGGAAAGGAACCACAGUCAUUUUGCAUUCCAAACCAUUCUCAUUAAUUAGACCAAAAUGGAACCAAAUAAUGAGAACAGAGUUAUAGACAUAACAGCUAUGGAGGUACACAAAGUUGUUUCUCCACCCCAUAGAAGCACUUUCCAAAAACUCAAAAAUAGGCUUAAAGAAACCUUUUUCCCUGAUGACCCUUUACGUCAAUUCAAAGGUCAGCCAUUGAAACAGAAGCUACUUCUUGGUGCUCAGUAUGUUUUUCCUAUACUAGAAUGGGGUCCUAAUUAUAGCUUCAAGCUGUUCAAAUCUGAUAUAAUCUCUGGCCUCACCAUUGCUAGCCUUGCAAUUCCUCAGGGAAUUAGCUAUGCAAAACUAGCUAACUUACCUCCAAUUGUUGGUCUUUAUUCAAGUUUUGUUCCUCCUCUUGUUUAUGCUGUUCUUGGAAGUUCAAGGGAUCUUGCAGUAGGGCCAGUUUCAAUUGCAUCACUUGUUUUAGGAUCAAUGUUGAGAGAAGUGGUGUCCCCAACUAAAGAUCCAAUCUUGUUCCUUCAACUUGCUUUCUCUUCUACUUUCUUUGCUGGCCUUUUCCAAGCUUCUUUAGGCUUUUUGAGACUCGGUUUUAUUAUUGAUUUUCUUUCAAAAGCAACACUGAUUGGAUUCAUGGCUGGAGCUGCUGUUAUAGUGUCACUGCAGCAACUCAAGAGUCUUCUUGGUAUCACAAAUUUUACCAAGCAAAUGGCGAUAGUCCCUGUUCUAAGUUCUGUUUUCCACAGAACUAAUGAGUGGUCUUGGCAAACUAUACUCAUGGCAUUCUGCUUCUUGGUGUUCCUCCUAUUGACCAGACACAUUAGCAUGAGAAAGCCAAAGCUAUUUUGGGUAUCGGCAGGAGCCCCUCUUCUUUCCGUCAUUAUCUCUACACUUCUGGUCUUUGCAAUGAAAGGUCAAAAGCAUGGUAUCAGCAUUAUUGGCAAAUUACAAGAAGGGUUGAACCCUCCUUCAUGGAACAUGUUACAUUUCAGUGGAAGCUACUUGGGACUUGUAAUCAAAACUGGAAUUGUCACUGGCGUCCUUUCACUUACUGAAGGAAUUGCAGUGGGGAGGACUUUUGCUGCUUUAAAGAACUACCAAGUGGAUGGAAACAAAGAGAUGAUUGCUAUUGGGGUCAUGAACAUCGUUGGUUCCUCAACUUCCUGCUAUGUCACAACUGGUGCAUUCUCUAGGUCAGCAGUGAAUCAUAAUGCAGGAAGCAAAACUGCAGUUUCUAACAUAGUAAUGGCAGUGACCGUGAUGGUGACACUCCUUUUCCUAAUGCCUCUCUUCCAAUAUACUCCCAAUGUUGUGCUCGGAGCCAUCAUCGUCACUGCUGUUGUUGGCCUUAUUGACGUCCCAGCUGCUUACCAGAUCUGGAAGAUCGAUAAAUUCGAUUUCCUAGUCUUGUUAUGUGCAUUCUUCGGAGUCAUCUUCAUUUCUGUUCAAAAUGGUCUUGCCAUUGCUAUUGGAAUAUCAAUUCUAAAGGUGUUGCUGCAAAUUACAAGGCCAAAAACAGUAAUGUUAGGAAAUAUACCUGGUACUGGAAUUUAUAGAAAUCUUGAUCAUUAUAAGGAGGCUAUGAGUAUUCCUGGUUUUCUCAUUUUAAGUAUUGAAGCUCCAAUCAACUUUGCCAAUGCAACUUAUCUUAAAGAAAGGAUUUCAAGAUGGAUAGAAGACUAUGACGCAGAGGGAGGAAAAAACAAGAAACAGUCAGGGCUUAGAUUUGUGGUCCUUGAUUUGUCUGCUGUGACUGCCAUUGAUACAAGUGGAGUCUCAUUGUUCAAGGAUUUGAGUAUGGCAAUGGAAAAGAAAGGCCUUGAGUUUGUAUUGGUGAAUCCAAUAGGAGAAGUAGUGGAAAAAUUACAGAGGGCUGAUGAAACUAAAGAUAUGAUGAGACCAGAUUGCCUCUUUUUAACAGUCGAAGAAGCAGUAGCUUCACUUUCCUCAACAAUAAAAUACCAAAUACCAGACAAUGUUUGAGAUAUAAUUUCAGCUGCUGUUGCUUAGCUCUUUCAUCUGUACCUUUGUAAUUCUAUUUGGUUGAUCAAGAACUCAAUCAAAAGCAUAAAAAUAACCUAUGGAAUCCUUGAAUUGUACAAGCAAAAUUAGCUAAGAGAAUUAUUGACUUUUAAGAAAGAAUUUUCAAGCAACCGCUAUAUUUUCAA